AUGAGUUGGACACCCCUCGGACAAGUUGUCUAUGCCUUCGCUCCGGUCGCGCAUCUUCGCGCAUCUCUGCAAGCUUCAAUAUGGACCUGGGCUCAGGUAGCCAUCUCACCAGGCUUUAACAACCAAGGUAGAGACCUCACCACUACCCCUCCCAGUUGUCUGAACUAUUCUUAUCAAACAUGUCAAUUUCGCCCUCAACUUUCUGGAAACUGCACCGUGGCUCAUGCGCAUCUACAUUUGCAGGCUUUGAUAGUGACUAGUUCGCAAAGUCCGAGGGUGGCGAUCUUCGUCGCUUUGCACAUCGGGUCCAAAAUCCGGACCGGAAAUGAUUUCUUGUUCGUCCUCGAACUCCAAACUGCAGAUGUCGAGAAGAUAGCCGGAUUAAUUGAAACUCCCGUGGAGUCUACCAGAUCGGCCUACCCAAGGAUUCUCGCCAACGUACCGUGGUAG